CAUAAUCAUUGUUUAGAUGCAUGCACAGCAUGACUUGUUGGGCCUGAGGAAUGACCCGGGGGGUUUGGAGCAGUACCAUUUUUUCAUUUUCUCGGCCUAGCGGUGGACUGCGGGAUUUUUGAAGCUCCCAAUUCUAGUCGAUCGACGGUUUUUCCUAUUCCUGGCUGCAGAUUCACCGUCAAACUCAACACUAAAAUUCUUUAAUCUCUCUACUACCCCUCAUUCUACUCAGAAUUUCCACUUUUUUGUGCUUAGUCGGAAGAAAAGGAAGGUCUUAUUUGUUUUCUUGUGUGCGCUUUACCAUUGACUGUUAGCUCACCAAUCUUGAUUUGCUUGAGCUCACAGGGGACACGUUCUAAGCAUUUAUUCUUUUCUGUUUCUGCUCAAAUUUCGGAAUACAUACAUGUUGAGUUGGUGAAUGGUUAGAAUGGAUAAGUUAUUAGAGUUUGGUAGAAGAGCCAUGUUUUAUGUGAGAGUUCUUUCUGGAUAUGAAGAACGAAGAAUUCGAUCUUACAGGUUGCAGCUUGAUAAGCGUCUCCAACAGGCACAAGAAAGGAAGACAGCCUUAAGAAAACUCCCUGAGCAAGCCAUAUUAGGGGAGGUUCGCCGUAUGGUUGAGGAGAUGCAGAAUUUAAAUAAGAAGCUAGAAGAAACAGAGGCUGCCAUUGAAGAAUACUUCAAACCAAUUGACAAGGAAGCUGAGUAUAUAAUGAAAAUACAGCUGGAAGGAGAGGAGAAGACAAUGAGGGAGAUGAUGGCAGCUAUGCAGAGACAGGCUUUGCUUGAGAAGGCUGAGGCAGAAAAACUUGCAAACAAAAAGGAACAUACCGAGGAACCGGCAUCCACCACUGCUGAAAAACAUGCUGAGAUGAGAUAAUUUUUUGAAAUGCUGUGGGUUUGUGGUAGAAAUUGAAUUGAUUCUGAAACAGAGCAUGUUCCGUAGAGCUUUUUUUUUUUUUUUCAUUCUGAGAUCAAUUUAUUUUUAUGCCUUCUGGCCAUGGUCCCUCCAUACAGUUGAGGACUUUAAAAAAUAUCUGAUUGAGAUAAGCAACAUUUUGUCAGAUUAUUAAUUACAAUCUCAAAUAAGCAACA